AGCUGAAUGAUGAUGAUGCGCUCGAGCGUUGAGAGUUUCGAUUGGAUUCCAAUUUACGAGCACCACCAGCGGUAGUUGCUUGCUAAUUUUUACCCACUAACCGAGGAGAGAUGUGGCUGAGAGCGUUUGUUUAACAAGACAGGGUACAUUGAGUAAACGAGAUGCCGCCGCCGAGACAAUAGUCGAACUUAUGCACCUUCGGAUGAACCACCUCCACCGCCUUCUCCCUUUUUCGUGUUCAGCUGGGGGAACACCGCCACCACCACAGCUGCACACGAUUGCAAUAAAUGCCAUAAAGUAUCAAAAUCUCAGCACUCGCUCAGCUCCAAGCUGCAAGCUCCGGCUUUAGAUUCGAAUUCAGAUGCAGCGGCAGCACAGCGUUUUCGUUCAUUCCAUUCCAUUUGAUUGCAUUUGGCGCCAAACCAAGUAUAAAAGCUGGAGAACCUGGGCUGCGAUCGGCACACAAGUACCGUGACAUUCGAGGAGCCACAACACGCGGUGGCACUGCAGCAUUGGUGCAACAAAACGGCAAAAGGACUCACGUGGAUUACCUUAGAUUGGUGGAUAAAGUGUGGUGAAGGGGGAUCGGUUGCCAAGGAUUUGUGGGUGCAUCAAGGAUUCAGCUUUUCUUCGACUGGGAUUAUACAAUCAGAAGUUUGCUGUGAUGGCUCUUAAAUGGGCUCUGGUGAUCACGACGUUGGCGGUGGCCCAGGCAGCCAAGCUGGAUAACAAAUACCUGCCCCCGCCGGCAAGUGCGGCCAGUGCAGGCGGCAGUCCGGGAGCAGGGCUCCAGGGUCCAGGAGGUGGCUUCGGAGGCGGAGGUGGAGGAGGACCAGGUGGUGGCUUCGGUGGCGGUGGAGGAGCCGGUGGUGGCGGAGGAGGCGGCUUCGGUGGUGGCAACAACGGACUGGGUGGUUUUUCCAACGGAAGACCCAUUGCUCCUGGCGGUGGUGGUGGUGCACCCGCUUCACGUCCCAGUUCACCAGGCGGUGGUGGUGGUGCUCCUCCAGCCUCUGGACCACCGAUCCCGAUCCUCUCGUUUGUCAACGAGAACGACGGCGAUGGCAACUAUCGCUUCAGCUACGAGACCGGCAAUGGAAUUAAGGCCCAGGAGGAGGGCACUGUGAAGAACAAGGGAUCCGAGAACGAAAUCCCCUCCGUGAUGGGAUCCUACUCCUACACGAAUCCCGAGGGCGAGCUCGUCGAGAUCAUGUACACGGCGGAUGAGAAUGGCUUCGUGCCCUCGGGCAACGCACUGCCCACACCACCACCCAUUCCGGAGGCGAUUGCCAAGUCCCUGGCUGCCCAGGGCAUCUCUGUGCUGCCGGGCGGUGGUUUUAGUGGAGGAUCAGGCGCCGGUGGAGGCGGUGGUUAUGGAGGCGGUGGUGCCGGUGGUGCCGGUGGUGGAUCCGGUGGUGGCGCUGGAGCCGGCGGCGGUGGAGGUGGAUUUGGUGGAGCCGGAGGUGGUGGCGGCGGAUAUGGAGGCGGCGGCGGCGCCGGUCGCGGAGGUGGUGGAGGACCAGGGGCUCCAGGCGGCGGAGGAUUCGGCGGAGCCGGAGGUGGUGGCGGCGGAUACGGAGGAGGUGGCGGCGCUGGUCGCGGCGGUGGUGGAGGACCAGGGGCUCCAGGCGGCGGAGGAUUCGGCGGAGCCGGAGGUGGUGGCGGCGGAUACGGAGGAGGUGGCGGCGCUGGUCGCGGCGGCGGUGGUGCUCCAGGAGCUCCCGGUUCCCCUGGCGGAGGCGGUUUUGGUCAAGGAGGUGGUGGCGGAUUCGGAGGAGGUGCCGGUCGCGGUGGAGCUCCAGGAGGUCCCGGUGCUCCAGGUGGAGGAGGAUUCGGUGGAGCCGGAGGAGCUGGCGGCGGAUAUGGAGGCGGCGGCGGUCGAGGUGGUGGUGGAGCACCAGGAGCUCCAGGAUCUCCUGGCGCAGGAGGAUUUGGUGGAGCCGGCGGAGCUGGUGGCGGCUAUGGAGGCGGUGGCGGCGGAGGCCGCGGUGGUGGUGGAGCUCCAGGUGCCCCAGGAGCCCCAGGAGCCCCUGGAGGCGGCGGAUUUGGAGGUCAAGGAGGUGGUAGCCGUUUCGGAGGAGGCGCCGGACGUGGUGGUGCUCCAGGAGGCCCCGGUGCUCCAGGCGGAGGAGGUUUUGGUGGAGCUGGAGGAGCCGGAGGAGCAGGAGGAGCUGGCGGUGGAUAUGGAGCCGGCGGCGGCCGAGGAGGUGGUGGAGCACCUGGAGGUCCUGGCUCGCCCGGAGGAGGAGGAUUUGGAGGAGCUGGUGGACGCGGUGGUGCAGGUGGCGCAGGAGGCGGCGGUGGACGACCAGGAGCUCCAGGAUUGCCCGGUGGCAACCAGUACGUUCCGCCCCCAGCUGGUGGCGGCGGAGGACCUGGCUCGCCCGGAAGACCAGGCUCUGGACCUCCCGGCGCUGGGUCGCAAUACAUCCCACCGCCACCAGGGUUGCCGGGUGGAGGUCGUGGAAGUGGGGAUUUCAAUCCUCAGACAGGCUAUAGCUAUUAAAACCAGGAGAAGUCCCGGAAACGCCUAUCAAAUCUCUCAAAUCGAAGAAAUGUCAAUCCAAUGCAGGCUGCCCUAAAUGUUCUUUCACCAAAAUGGUUAAUUUAUUUAUGUAAGCUUCUCUUUCCCCUUUUUCUUUUGUGACAAUGUGUGUGUGCCACUAUCGAAAUAAAUGAAUCUUGAAUAC